UCUUGCCUUUUGGACCGUGCUAUGCCUUUUUCUAGGAGGAGGAAUGGUCCAGGCUGUAACAGUGACUGUCACACCUGUUGAAGACUUCGUGGCCAAUGGGAACAGCUAUAACUUCCGCUGCAACUUCGCCCUCGACGACCCCACAAAAGACGCCAUCGCUGAUUGGUCGUUCACCAACCAACAGGGCACGACGUUUUCCGAUCUCUACAAGAAUGCGGGAAGCCUUGGAGAGUACUUUCUUCACGGUUACGAGACUAGGGCUAGGUUUCUAGGCGACAUGAGCGGCGGGAAUGUUGAGUUGGAGGUGCGGGGUCUCACCACGGCUGACAGCGGGACCUACACAUGCAGCGUCUCGGUACUGGGCGAGGGGAGGGCCGAAGCAUCGAUAGAUGUUACUGUACUGGACCCCCCGGGUGUCCCCCUCCUGUCCAUCAGCCCCAACCCAGUCCGUGAGAACCAGGAUGUACAGCUGACCUGCGCGAUGACGUCAGGAACCGCGCCCUUCACCUACAGUUUCCACGUCGAUGACGUCAUGCUGACGUCGGGGAGUUCAACGACCUAUGACGUCACCAACGUCCAGAGGGACCAGCGGCGUUAUACCUGUAAGGUGACAGAUGUGCUGGGAGACCAGUUUGCGGCUACCAGCCUGCAAGCAACUUUGGACGUGCACUAUAUUGACACACCACAACUCGCACCAAGUAGUCCCGUCACAGGGGUGGAAGGAGACGAACUGAGCGUGGUGUGCACCGCCGAGGCAAAUCCCUCCGCCACCCUCGAGUGGACCAAAGAUGGCGCCGUCCAAGGUCAGGGAGCGACCUUGGUGAAGAACCCUGUCCAACGCAAUGAUGCAGGAACCUACACUUGCACAGCAACUAGUGCUGGGAUACUGGGAAGCCCCUCAUCUACCAGUACACAACUGGAUGUGGACGUUCUGUAUCCUCCGGAUGGCAACCCUGUCUGCAGCGUCACAACAUCCGGAAAUGACGUCAUGCUGAACUGCGAAUGGCAGGGCGGAAACCCAGCAGCGGAAGUGACGUGGGCACAGAGCGACGGCCAGCCAAUCGGAUCCGCGCAGCAGUCGGCCAACCAGGUGGCUGCACCUGUCCUGGCACACGACACGGUUUACACCUGCACAGCUGCAACACCAGCACUUAGUUCAGCACCAAGGACAUGUACCGUUACUAUUAGUGUCCCGAGUGUAACAGUCACCCCCAGACCCGCGUCGACCGUACCUGCGGGCACACCCAGCCACACUCUGUCCUGCAUGGUCAACCUAGACGUGCUCCCACCAGUCCAGGGGGUCUCCUGGACUGGACCUGCCGUCACUGCCGGCAGGACAACAGGUGAAGCUAUAACAUACGUGUUAGUUUGUCAGACCAAGGAGGUUUAA